AUGCAGCUCUUGAGAAAGCAGCAACGGUGGGAUGAUGUAGAGCGAGAAAUCUGCAUCCUUCGUGCUCUGCAACACCGCAAUAUUGUUGCUUACCAUGCAGCUGUUAAAACGGCUGAUCAGAGAAUACUAAUUAUGCAG